CAUCCACACACUUACUUCUUCACUCUGUUAAACCCUCAAAAACCCUGAAGAGAGGCGAAUGGAAUGAUGCAGAUUUGCCAAACCAAUCUCAAUUUCACCUUCCCCAUUUCAAAAAACCCUAACUUCUGCAAACCCAAAUCACUCUCCACCGGAUUCCAAUGGCUUCAACCUCGCCGUAUUGACUUACCCCCUUGCCGUGGCUUCAGCUCCGACGAAUUCCCCGUCGAUGAGACGUUCCUCGAGAAAUUCGGACCAAAGGACAAAGAUACAGAGGACGAAGCUCGACGACGUAACUGGAUCGAACGCGGUUGGGCUCCAUGGGAAGAGGUUCUCACACCUGAAGCCGACUUCGCUCGUAAAUCUGAUAAGAUGUGUUUGGAGAGGUUUAAGGUUUUCUUGAAACAGUAUAAUGAGUGGGUUGAAGCUAAUACAGAUAGGUUGGAGGAAGAAUCUUACAAGUAUGAUCAGGAUUUUUAUCCGGGUAGAAGGAAAAGAGGGAAGGAUUAUGAAGAUGGGAUGUAUGAGCUUCCCUUUUACUAUCCAGGGAUGAUUUGUGAAGGCACAGUUACCACUUUACAUCUUUAUCAGGGAGCGUUUGUUGAUAUCGGAGGUGUUCAUGAAGGGUGGGUUCCUAUAAAAGGUAAUGACUGGUUUUGGAUCCGGCAUUUCAUAAGAGUUGGGAUGCAUGUUAUCGUUGAGAUCACGGCAAAAAGAGAUCCAUACCGGUUUCGGUUUCNUGGCUUCAGCUCCGACGAAUUCCCCGUCGAUGAGACGUUCCUCGAGAAAUUCGGACCAAAGGACAAAGAUACAGAGGACGAAGCUCGACGACGUAACUGGAUCGAACGCGGUUGGGCUCCAUGGGAAGAGGUUCUCACACCUGAAGCCGACUUCGCUCGUAAAUCGCUUAACGAAGGUGAAGAGUGUGUGUUGACUGUGUUUUUACAAUCCUGCUCCAGCUUUAAUAAGUUUGACUUCCCACCAAUAUUCCAUCGUGAUGGGGAUACUAAUCCAGAUGAGAUACGGCGAGAUUGUGGAAGACCUCCUGAACCUAGAAAAGAUCCAGGAUCGAAACCAGAGGAGGAAGGGCUACUCUCUGAUCACCCAUAUGUCGACAAGUUGUGGCAGAUACAUGUAGCUGAGCAAAUGAUUUUGGAUGAUUUCGAAGCUAACCCUGAAAAAUACAAAGGCAAAAAACUAUCAGAAUUAUCUGAUGAUGAAGACUUUGAUGAACAAAAAGAUAUCGAGUAUGGGGAAGCUUAUUAUAAGAAAACCAAAUUGCCAAAAGUGAUUCUGAAAACGAGUGUCAAGGAACUUGACUUAGAGGCUGCAUUGACCGAGCGCCAGCACCACAACAAACUAAUGAUGGAAGCUAAAGCCAGAGGAGAAGGAUACAAAAUCGACAAGUUUAGACGAAAUAUAGAGAUGGACGAGUAUGAUUUCUUACACUGGCGCCGAUCUUUGGAGGAAAGAGAAGCAUUGCUCAGAGAUAUCAGCUCUCGUCAAGCACUUGGUUUACCAUUGGAGGAACCAGGGAGGUAUAAGCCAGGAAACUUCUUUGGGAAAGACCAGUACGAUCCAACAAGUGCACUAUACCAGUAUGACUACUGGGGAGAGCCUAAGAACUCAGAGAUUAGCAAGCAAGAGAGGAUGAAGGAUGCACACAACAAAUCCAUUGUUGGGAAAGGCAACGUGUGGUAUGAUAUGUCUUAUGAUGAUGCUAUUAAGCAGACAUUAGAGAAAAGAAAAGCUGAGCCUAACUUGGCAACUCAAGAAGAAGAAACAGAGUCUGAAAAAGAAGAAGAUGAAGACGAUGACGAUGAUUUUGACGAUUUUGACUAUAGCAUUCUGAGUGAUGAAAGUAGUAUCGGUUACCCGGAACAGCAACCUCUCGUUAACGGUACUCAAGUCUUAACAGAUUGAUGUUUAAACGGAAGUAAAAAUAAGAAUUUUUGAGUCUUCUUUGGACGCUUUUCUAUUGUUUAAUUGAAGAAUACAAUUGCAUAGUAACAUGAUGAUAAUUGGCAAUAUAUAAUUAGAAAAGACUA